AUGGCUCGAGUUGACGUGGCCGGCCGGCGAAGUGAAGAGGCUCGUAUUGCCCAUGGUGAGCACAGCCUCGACCACCACGAUCUCGCCUACCCGUUGCAACCAGAACCAAGAACCUUUGGGGAUGCAACCGCUACUGCAGCAGCAUCAACAGCAUCAGAAUGCUACACGAGCGGCUGUGCUCAGCUGGACAGUCGCAUCUUUGGCGGUGGGAUUAACGGCGGAUUGACGGGCGGCCUGGUCGGCCUCAGUGCCGAAGGCGACGUCGGCAUAGUGAUAUCUCUUCAGGUGGCCGUCAAGCACUUGUACCAGAAUACGUCCGCCACGGCUCGAUUGAUCACCACGCUGCCUGUUGCCCAUGUCAUCCGGCUCUUGAAAGGUGUAUUGAAAAGCACCCUGGCAGCGACAUCGAACAAUGGCACAAAUGCAACAAGCCACGACGAUCCUGGGCCCGAGCAGCGAAGGCUCGCCUCUGCAUCCAAGGCGUCGAUUCUCGGCCGCAUCUUGAUAUCUCGCGUCUACGGACGCGAAGAUCUUGAAGCUGUCCUCAAUGAACUGGAGGCAGGCGUGCCCUUCCAGCGGCUUUGGUCGACUGUCAACCGUCAACAAGAAGAAGGAGGCCUUGGACAGAGGAUUGUGGUGGAUAAGGCAGGGCAAGAGAGCCACCCGAUUCCUGCAGAACAAACAGCACCUCCGAGCAUUGUCAUCUUCACAGAGAUGGACCACCACUUCAAGUGGAUGCGUCUACAGAGCAACGGCGGACGGCUGUAUGAACUCUAUGGCCAGUUGAUGCGUCGUUUACGAGCAUUGGCUGCCGCCCAAGGGAGUACAUUCUCGUCAGACACCACGAACCAGCGACUCAUCUUCGUCCUCAACAGCACGGUCACGCGGCGACCUGAAGAAGGACGAAGCAUAACUAUCACGGCUGACGACGGCACCGUGGGUGGUGCAGACAAGCGACAGGAAGCUUCUCAGGCACAGACUCUCGACCCGGAUGCUACGUACGGACUCGCCCUCGCGGCUCUCCAGCAACGACGCCAUAUCGACCGCCCGGAUGUGUUUCGACUCUGCUGCAACGAGCUGGCUAGAGCACAAUGCAUCGAACCCAGGUACAAAACGCUCCUCGACUACUAUUGCAGCCUCCACAUCUGCCUUACGCGCCUUCCAGUGGAUCUUGUGGAUCUGUGGGGAGGCCGACAGGGCGGCAGUACCAGCCCUGCCGACUCGUCGCUGUGGGUGGCCACGGUCGAAAACGACGAGAAAGAAAUCAGCCAACGAGCAACCGACAGGACGACUGUUGCGUACCUUUCCAGUGGCAUCGUUCAAGAUGCGGCGCUCACAUGA